AUGGAAGAACAGGCGCACAAACCUCAUCGCAAAUCGAAAGAGAAGAAGAAGCCAACUGGUGAUCACAAUCCUAAGGCCUUCGCCUUCUCUAGACCCGGUAAACUACAACGCGCAGCUGCAAGGUCUCAAGAUAUCAAAGAAAGGCGAUUUCACGUCCCUCUCGUCGAUCGGGUACCCAGCGAGGCGCCUCCGAGACUCGUAACAAUUGUUGGACCUCCUGGCGUUGGAAAAACGACGUUAUUAAAGUCGCUCAUUCGCAGAUAUGCAAAGGAGACAAUCUCAGAACCUCAAGGGCCCAUAACCGUGGUCACAUCAAAAAAACAACGGUUAACCUUUAUCGAAUGCCCCAAUGAACUCGAAGCGAUGGUCGACAUAGCUAAAGUUGCUGACAUCGUCCUACUAAUGAUUGACGGAAACUUUGGUUUUGAAAUGGAGACUAUGGAAUUCUUAAAUAUUCUAGCUGCAACGGGUAUGCCUGGCAAUGUGUUUGGCAUUCUGACCCAUUUGGACUUAUUCAAAAAACCCCAGGCUCUCAAAGAUGCGAAGAAAAGACUAAAACACAGAUUAUGGAGUGAAUUAUAUCAGGGCGCACAUUUAUUCUAUCUAUCUGGUGUUAUUAAUGGGCGAUAUCCGGACCGCGAAAUUCACAAUCUAUCUCGCUUCCUUUCUGUCAUGAAAAAUCCCCGACCGCUAAUUUGGAGGAACUCACAUCCCUAUGUUAUCAUAGACAGCUUCCGAGAUAUUACGCAUCCUACUCAGAUCGAGGAGGACGAAAAUUGUGAUCGAUCAAUUGUUCUUUCAGGGUAUCUUCGAGGAACUAACUUCUCGGGCCACAACCAAAAAGUCCAUAUUCCUGGUCUAGGUGAUUUCUCCGUGUCAGGUAUAGAAGCUCUGCCUGAUCCAUGUCCGACGCCAGCUAUGGAACAGGCCAUUGCGAAAGCAACUGGAAAAACUGGCAGGAGGCGACUAGAUGAAAAGGAAAAGAAGCUUCAUGCUCCUAUGUCAGAUAGAAGUGGUCUGAAGAUAGACGGUGAUGCUAUCUGGAUUACUAGGGAAAAGGGGUUUAAUUUCGAUAAAGACGCUGAAGAUGGAGAUCGUGGCGAGGGUGAAGAACUCAUUAUCGGACUCCAAGGAGAAAGGCGGUUGUUAGGUCAGACGGAAGACGGCCUGCAGCUCUUCCGAGGCGGCGAGAAGAUAACGAGUGUCCCUGAGGAGGAAGAUACUGGACGGAAAAGUCAACGUAGUGCAAGAUUCGCUGCAAGAGAUGAGGAUGAAGAAGAAACGCCCGAAGACGAAGGCUUUGUUAGCGGAGAGGAAGAUUUCAAUUCGGACGAAGAGCCCGAGUUCAAUGAGCAAAAACUGGGGAAAAUGUUUAAGGAGUCAGAUAAGGACGGUGACGAGGAAGAUAUCGCAUUUGCGGAUAGCGACUCAGAUCUGGGCUCUAUAUCAGGCGAUGAGGUAGACGACGACGACGACGAUGAUGAUGGCGAUGAAGAAGAUGAGGAUGAAUACGAUGGCGCAGAAGAAUCCGCACUCAGGUGGAAGGACAACUUAGCUGGGAAAGCACUACUUCGCCAUGGCGGCCGUCCGUCCUACCGAACAGCAGAUUUAGCACGCCUGAUGUAUGAUGAGGCCUUGACAGCCGACGAGGUGCUACAGAGAUGGAAAGGAGAGGUCGAUGCGGAAGAAGAGGAAGAAAAUAUUGAAGACUCCGAAGACGAAGAUUUCUUUAAGAGGGCAAAGCACGAAGAGGAUGCAAGCUCAGAAGACCGCUCAAUACCCCUAUACGAUUAUGACCAGUUAGCUACUAAAUGGACACUCGACGAUAACGUUGAGCAGCUCCGCCAGCGCUUUACAACAGCGACGCUCGGCGAAGACGACGAUGAAGACGGAUUCGAUGGGUUUAACGAUGAGGAUGGGGACGAGGACGAUGAAGGAGACGGCGAGUUUGAAGACCUUGAAACGGGUGAACAGCACAAGGCCAAUCCCGCGCCAGAGCCAGCCGAGAGCAUAGAAGCAGAGCGCGAAAGAAAUGCUCGGAGGAAAGAAGAGCUGAAAUUACGGUUUGAGGAGGAAGAUCGAGAAGGGUUUAAAAAUGACAAGGCUCAGGCUAGGCGCGAAGGCGGAGACGACGACGAGUUUGGUGAAGACGACUGGUAUGAUGCGCAAAAGGCGCUCAUUCAAAAGCAGCUUGACAUCAACAAUGCCGAGUUUGAAGCUUUGGACGAACGGCAAAGAGUCGCUGUCGAGGGUUUCAAAGCUGGCAAAUAUGCCAAGAUUCUGCUUGAGAAGGUUCCUGCAGAGUUCGUUACAAAUUUCAACGCUCAGAUACCUAUUAUAGUCGGUGGUGUGCUUGCUACGGAGGAUCGAUUUGGGUUUGUCCAAGUCCGUAUCAAGAGGCACCGUUGGCACAAGAAAAUUCUCAAAACCAACGACCCCCUUAUCUUCUCUCUUGGGUGGAGGAGAUUCCAGACACUCCCAAUAUACAGCAUUUCGGACUCUCGGACGAGAAAUCGUAUGCUGAAGUAUACGCCGGAGCAUAUGCACUGCUUUGGCACGUUCUACGGUCCUCUAAUCGCACCAAAUACAGGUUUUGUCUGUUUCCAGUCAUUUUCCUCCGCCAACCCAGGCUUCCGGAUCUCUGCAACUGGAACCGUUCUAUCUGUUGACGAGUCGGUUGAGAUUGUGAAGAAGCUCAAACUCACCGGUGCUCCAUAUAAAAUAUUCAAGAAUACCGCAUUCAUUAAGGAUAUGUUCAACAGCUCUCUGGAAAUCGCCAAGUUCGAAGGUGCUGCAAUCAAAACCGUUUCUGGUAUCCGUGGUCAGAUCAAACGCGCCUUAUCGAAACCCGAUGGGCACUUCCGAGCUACGUUCGAAGACAAGAUCCUGAUGAGCGAUCUGGUAUUCCUUCGCGCUUGGUACCCCAUCAAGCCGCACCGGUUCUACAAUCCGGUCACCAACCUCCUUGGCAACUGGCAGCCGAUGCGGCUGACGGGUGAGGUACGGCGAGACCAGGGGAUUGCAACGCCGCAGAACAACAACAGCAAAUAUCGGCAAAUUGAGCGAGCCACACGACACUUCAACGCACUAAAGGUACCCCGCGCUCUAGCAGCGGAACUACCGUUCAAGUCACAAAUCAUACAGACGAAACCACAGAAACGCAAGACGUACAUGCAGAAGCGGGCAGUGGUGCUGGGUGGAGAAGAGCGCAAGGCACGUGACUUACUACAGAAGCUGACGACGAUCCGCAAGGAUGCAGUGGCCCGGCGCAAGGCUAAGAAAGACGAGAAGCGCGCGGAAUUCAAGAAGAAGAUGGAAGAGAUGGGUGAGAAGAAGGAGGCGCGGGAACGGAGGGAGAAGCAGGAGUUCUGGCGUAAGGAGGGUAAGAAGAGGAAAGGUGACAGUGAGGGAGCUGGAGGUGGGGGGAAGAGGAGGAGGUAA